AUGGACAUAUGCUGUCCCUCACCCAAUUCCAUGUUUUCGCUGCUGGGACGCGUGGAUAUGACGUCAGCGGUGACAUCAUAUUCUGUUAACCCUCUCCCCACACCCAUUUCACCGCGCUUUCCUUUUAUUCUGGCUGAUUUUUCCGCUCAUGCAGCAGACCUUUAUAGAUUUGUCGAUUUUCCAUCGUCGCAAACAGGGGCUCGCCAGUACGUCGCUGUACAUCGUCGACCACGUCGAGCCGUCACAGCGGGUGUGUCACGCGCAACAGCUGGUCAACUCUUCUCUCCGCUUGCAUGCACUCCAAUCCUUCCAUUUCUCAUCGCCCACCCAACAGUUGAAAUCGCCCACUCAUCAGUUGAAAUCGCCCACUCAUCAGUUGAAAUCGCCCACCCAACAGCUGAAAUCGCCCACUCAUCAAUUGAAAUUGCCAACGCAACAGCUGAAAUCGCCCAUUCAUCAGUUGAAAUCACCCACUCAACAGUUGAAAUCGCCCACCCAACAGCUGAAAUCACCCACUCAUCAGUUGAAAUUGCCCACCCAACAGCUGAAAUCGCCCAUUCAUCAGUUGAAAUCGCCCACUCAUCAGUUGAAAUCGCCCACCCAACAGCUGAAAUCGCCCACUCAUCAAUUGAAAUUGCCCACCCAACAGCUGAAAUCGCCCAUUCAUCAGUUGAAAUCACCCACCCAACAGCUGAAAUCACCCACUCAUCAGUUGAAAUCGCCCACCCAACAGCUGAAAUUGCCCACUCAUCAAUUGAAAUCGCCCACCCAACAGCUGAAAUCGCCCAUUCAUCAGUUGAAAUCGCCUACCCAACAGCUGAAAUAGCCCACCGGUAG